AUGGCAACUGAAAAUGUAGCAACAAACGUCGGUUUCCAUCAGCGUGACCACGACAUCCUGUCACUGCUUUCUAUAUUCACUCGCUCUCAUCGGACAUUAACGGUGGGACUUUUACUCGUGGGGGUCCUCAUUCACGACCAGAGUUUUGAACUACCGCCCCCAAUCAAUCAGGGUGCAUAUUUCGAAGUAUACAGCAUCCCCUCCCAGUCUUUGACAGGGACAUACUUGCCCCUGAGCUCUUCAGAGGUGCCUGGAACGGCCCUUCCAGAGGUUGUCGCUGUCAAAUGCCCAAAGAUAACGGGCGAGCUGCGCGACAAGCGGAAUCAAAAGCUGUGGAGUUCCAUGGCCAUGGAGUUGCAGAUACUGCGACACCCACAUAUCCAAGAACACGAAAACAUUGUUUCCGUCCUGGGAGUCUGUUGGCGGUCAAUAAGAGGCCAGAUUAUGCCGGCUUUUGUCAUGGAGCUAGCUCAUACAAAUCUCGAAGCGAUGAUGCAGUCCGAAGGCUUCACAAUCGACAAGAUGAGUACCCGCAAGGCCUUUGGACUUGCCAUCGAUGUCUGUGCCGGCGUAUCUGCACUCCACGAAGUUGGCAUCAUUCACGGCGAUAUCAAGCCUGCCAACGUCCUGAUAUUCAAACAUCCAGAACUCAAGUUCGUCGCCAAAAUCGGCGAUUUUGGCUCAUCGUUACUGAAAACAGAUAUCAAGGAGUCGAUUCGUCUACCAUUCAGCAGUGGCAUCUGGCAGGCCCCAGAGUGCAAAAAGCUUCUCGACGGUGAAACCCUUAUCAGCGCCGAUACAUUUUCUCUUGCACUUCUAGUGUCGUAUAUCCUCAGCAGAGGAUACACUAUAGCAAUUCUCCAGAAUCAUGAAUUUCAAAGGCCAUCUGGGCAUCCCGGACAGGCUAGGCCAUUCGAUUGGCACGAACUGUCUGAGCUAUCUGAAGAUGACAUUCAAAGAAUUUAUGAUAAAUCGGCGCAAUACAUCUAUCAUACAUUGAGCCGGUUUCUAAGGUAUAUCAUCGAAGCAGAGGAGAAUAAUCGCUAUGAACUGGCUGAUACACAACAACCAGAUGGAAUGACGGAUGAUCUUGAGGAACACGAUGAAGCUGAGGAUGCUACGGAUGAAACUUACCAUUUCAAGACCAUUGCCCAGAUUGCGCAUGCAGUAGGGAGGACCGUCACGCCUCAUCUCUUUGAGCCUUCACUCAGACCAAGAAGUAAUAUCCUACACCAGGGUCUACGAAUAUGUCUUAGCUGGAUUCUCAGUAGAGAUGUGUCAAACCCAUUGAACUUUUCUGACCCUGCAAAAAUUAUGCGGUUUAUCCAAGCGACAGACCUGAACCCACAGGAACGCGAGAUAUUGAAUAACCCAGCGAUCGAGAGCCCAACAGAAGAUGAUAAGGCGCGUGCCUGGAGUUUCGCACAAACGACCGAGUAUCUCGAUAGAAGCUUUUAUGCGAUAUCUCAGAAACAAGACCUCCCACAGCUCGAUAAAAUAACCCAAUCUGAGUGUGCUCACAGAAUCUCUGAGAUACUAAAAGCUUGGAAAAAACAUGAGCUUGCAAAGCCAGAGGAAAUGCACUCAAUAUGUGAUGCUGAUAUGUCGCUUGGCACUCUGAAAAUCCUUCCAACUCCAGUCCUGAACCAAAUCAUCGCUGAAAUGACAGCCGUCGCACACGAUGAACGAGAAGACAAGCUACGUCGAGCAGAAGCUGCGUGGCAGUGUUCUGUUCUCCAGUUAAGACUGAGGAAGAUUGAAAAAACCAAACACGAUGAACUCAACUCAAUACUUCAACUAAUGCUUCUUGCAGCUCGACUAGGACAUACUGUAGCUGGCGGGAUGGUUGGUUGGCUUUGUGCUGUAUUCAAGCUGGAGCUUUCGGUCUCCCUGGAAGAAGAGAAGCAAUGGCUUUAUGCAGCAAUCUGUAUGGGUAACUCUACAGCACGAAGGCGGUUGGCAUCCCUCGAUAUGGAAGAAUGCCAGCGGGCAGUCUCACAUCUUCGUUCUCAAUAUGUUGGGAUUGGACUUGCAGCGCCCCGCAACUACUACGACUCAGACUGGGUGGACGAUGAUUCUUUCUUCAGCGCUAUUGAGGAUUCACCCAGCAGUCUUGGACCCAUUUUCCAACUGGCCGCAACAGGGGGCCGCUACGAACUCGUCCACCGUAUUAUCACCUCGAAAGCUCAACAUGUGAACAUAAACGAAGUAUUCGAGGGCAAUGAAAGUGCUUUGCUGAAGGCAUGUCGAUCUGGAUUUGCUGAGAUCGCUCUUCUUCUACUUGAAAAAGGUGCUGAUCCCACUUUGGCAAACGACGAGGGAGCUACCCCGUUACACUUCCUGAGCUCCUUUGAUGAAGAACAUAUCCCAAAAGUCACGGACGCACUGAUAAAGGCAGGGGCAGACCGAGAAGCCCGUUCACGCCAAGGGUGGAGAUAUAAGCGGUGCCUUGACUCAACAUAUGGGACUGUUGAAGGUACUCCAUUGACCUGGGCUGUCGCCACAGGUAAUGAAACAGCCACUCAGGCACUCAUGGACGUCGGGGCAGGCCCUUUUGAUUUGAAGGGAAGAGAGAUAGAGUAUGACGAUGCUUGGUCCAACAACAUCCAUGUUUUUCCCGUAUGGCUAGCCUGCAUCGGCUGUCAAUACCGACUCCUCGAGAUCUUACUCGAGGCUCCAAAAGACUACUCUGAAAAUCUGAAUGCAGUCUACCGCAAGUUUGGGAGGCAAGGCUUGAAGGAGCCAUUCGCAAUUUUGGGCUGGCUUGUCACUGAUGGAAAUUCCAGCACUUUCAAUCGGAUGCUUAUCCAUGGGAGUGAUUACGAACAAGCUUUCCAAAAAACUUUCGAAAUUCUUAUCCGCCAUGGAGCGAACCCGCUAGAUAUCGACGGCAAGGGACAAUCAGUCAUUGUAGCUGCUCUGGAACAAAGUCAACCAUACAUCUUGGACUACUUGAUGACCUGGCAGGACGGAAAACUACAGCCAGAUAGUUCACAAUGGAUACGCUGUCUUUGGACUGCCUGCUCUCUUCAAGACAAGUCGGCAUUCCGGUUCCUCGUUUCCCAUUCACAAGCAGACAAGAUCUCUUCGCAGCAGUGGGAUGGCUUUUUUGCAGCACUGCAUGCCCUGCCUGACGACAUUGAGUAUCUCAACCACCUUGACCAUUACCGCAGGUCAGAAGCCAAUUUCCACAAUCAUUUCGAGAGAGCCCUUUUUGCGGGAAAGUACAUUCUGGCUCGUUGGAUCUAUGAAACGGGGAAAUGCGACUUGACCAGAAUGACAGAUGGGAAGACGAUUCUAGGCCGACUUAUUGUGUCAUCCAAGUCAUACAGCAAUUCCUCGCGUCAUAUUGAUGCUUUCCUGGACAUGGUUGAUACAGAUACUGUGUAUUACGAUGUAUUCGAGCUUGUUGAGUCAAAAAUGUCUGCACUACAUGCAGCUGCAUUUAUUGUGGAAUACCGGCCUGGCUCAGCUCGCUCUACUUCGACACUUCAAAGUAUUGUCAGACGCAAGUAUGACCCAGAAUACUUGAAUUUGACUAUUUCCGAAGGCGGAUACAAGGGCAGCACGGCUUUACAUCUUGCCGUAAAAACGUGCAAUGAGGACGCUGUACGUUAUCUUCUCGAAGAAGAGGGAGACAGCCUAGACCUUUCACUAUUAGACCACAGGGGAGAUAGUCUCGUAGACCUUGCAAGCUCUCUCUGGAAAAACCAAGUCCCACAAAUGGAAGCCUGGGAGAUGCCCGAGGAGAAUCGUAAGGAGGCUGACCGACGUCACUUUGAAAGCACGAUGAUGAUAUUAAAUAUGCUCUACUCCACAAAGCGUGCGCGACCUAGGAAGAUUAUGGCAUCUGUCACUAAAAUCGAGGUCGAUGAGCUCAUGGUUAUCCUGUAUGAGCCAGAAGAUUUUAAGAAUAUGACAGUUCAAUGUUCAGUAUUCAAUGGCCUGUCGCCCACGCAAAUCAUGCGUAUUGGUGCAAUGUACUCAAUUCAAGCGCGUUGGGACCUCACUCUGAUAUGGCCUCAGAUUGUCAAGCAUGGUCCCGGACUCCCACUCAACAGCUCUUUCUUCCUUUUAAAUACCACUGAAAUGUCCAAACAAGAGUUUGACAGUGUUUCAUCCAUUGGGAAUGCCAUCCGUCGAGAGCAGUAUCGGAGUGAUACAAGUGGUGAGCACUCGGAUAUGCUUCUCGCCAUGCAGAAUCUCAUCGCAGAGAUGAUGCAACAAUCUGGAAGGUCAAGCUGA